CCCACCUCCCCCCUCUUCCAAGUUCCAUCUCAUGCACACACAUACACAAACACAGAAACUAAAGAACAUGAGCAAGCAAAACAUAGAAGACCAAGAGUCCAAUGUUACUGUUAACGUGGAUGACUAUUAUUAUUAUUACUACUACGACGAACCCACCUCAGUGUUAGACUCUAACCUCGCCGGAAGUCCGGCCAUCAUCCCAACGGACUUCACCGCCACCUUAGACUACUUCUCCACCACCGACAACUGCUCUUUCCUCAUCCCUCAAAAAGACCACUUUACCCUUCCUCCUCCUCCUCCUCUUCUUCCUGCUCCUAUCUCCUCCAACCACGACCAACUCCUUGAUAUCCUCUUCCGCGCCGCCUCCUCCAUCGACUCCGGCAACCUCACCACCGCUCACCUCCUCCUCUCCCAUCUCACCCACCUCUUCCCCUCCAUCUCCGGCUCCGCCCUCCACCGCUCUGCUCUCCACUUCAGAGACUCCCUUCUUUCCCUCCUCUCCGAUCCCUACCUCCCCACCGACCUCCCCGCCGACCUCCUCCUCCGCGUCACCGCCUACAAGACCUUCUCCGACCUCUCCCCUCUCCCACAAUUCUCCAGCUUCACCACCAACCAGAUCCUACUCGAAUCCCUCUCCUCCUCCUCCUCCUCCUCCUCCAAGUCUCUCCAUCUCAUCGACUUCGAACUCGGCCUCGGUAGUCAAUGGUCCUCCUUCGCCGAAGAGCUCGCCGUCCGUUCUCGUUUCUCCCGGACUUCUCCUCCAUCUCUCCGCCUCACCGCCGUCGUCCCUACCGACUCCCUUGACUCCUCCCUCGCUGCCGACAACCUCCGCGACUUCGCCCGUGCUCUUGGCCUCCGCUUCUCCGUCGACCUUGUUCCCGUUUCCAAUCUCGGCACCUUAGCCCUCUCCGCCAUCCGCUUCUCCCCCGGCGAGUCAGUUGCCGCUGUCCUCACUCCCGCCAUAUUCCACCUCCUUGGAUCCGCCGGUGAGCCGGAGGACACCUCCGCCUCGCUGCUCCGUUUCCUGCGCCGCGCGUCACCGCGCGCCGUUGUCUUUGUUGAUACUGAGCCGUGCUGCUGCUCCAAUCCGGAGCCGCCGCCGCGGCCGUCGUUUAAACGGCGGUUUGCGAGUGGGAUUGAGUUUUACUCAGCGUUGCUUGAAUCGCUCGACUCGGCCGCGUCGGCUACUGGGUUGGGGGACGACUCGGUCCGGCGAAUCGAGCGCUUCUUGAUUCGGCCCAGGAUUUCCUCUACUGUUGCCUCUUGCGGGGCUCUAUCCACGUCGUGGCCGGAGAUGUUCGCCUCCGCCGGGUUCUCGCCGGCGCCGUUCAGCGAGUUCACCGAGUCACAGGCCGAGUGCUUACUCAGAAGAGCCCCAGUGGAUGGGUUCGACGUGGAAGGAAAGGAAGGUGCCAUGGUGCUGAGCUGGCGAGGUAGGGAACUGGCUGCCACGUCAGCUUGGAAGUGCUAGUCUGGAAGUGGGCCCCGGCCUCCAUAUUUGGAUGUCAGUUCCGUAGUCGGUUUUUUUCUAGCCACUACUGUCUCUCCUUAAAUACCUGUUCAGUAACUUAGAUGUUGUGUUUCAUUAUCAUAUUCUGUAUUUUUUUUUUUUUUU